CCUUAUGGAAAGGAUGGUCUCCCAGCUGGGGCUGGUGUUGGUGAUGCUGGUGUUGCUGGUGCAGGGGCAAUUGGUUCUCACUAUGGAAAAGAUGGUCUUCCAGUGCGGAUGGGAACUGGGGCUGGUACUGGUGGUGCCGAUAUUGGUGGGUUUGGGUCUCCAUAUGGAAAGGAUGGUUUCCCAGCUGGGGCUGGUGUAACUGGUGGAAGGGGUGUUGGUUCCUUCUAUGGAAAGGAUGGUGUCCCAAGAGGAGCUGUGGCAGGAACCGCUCAUUUUCCUUUUGGAGGUGAAGAGGUAAUGGGACCUCGCCAUGGUAGGGAUGCUAUGUUGAGCGGAGCUCAAGGAUAUCGAGGUGGAGCAGGAGGAGAUGGCUUUUCUGCAGAAGGCGGUGGUGUUGGUGGCUCUGCAAUACGAAGUGCUGGGUCUCCCUAUGGCAAGGACAGUGGGUCAGCUGGAGCCAGGGCUGGUGUGGGUGCUGCUGGCAGGUUGGGAGGUGAUGAAAGGGAGUUACAUUCAGUCCGUGGUAAAGAAGGUGCAGCAGGUGCUGUUGGACGAGGUGCUGAAUAUGGGCUGGAUUCACAUCCUGGCAAAUCUUCUACGAGAGGUAAAACUGAAAAGGGCUCUGCCAGGGACCUCAGAACAUCAGGGAACAAAGGUUCAUCUCAUGACAGAGAUUCACUUUCAGAUGAAAGAGAUGCCAGGGGUGAGGGUAGAGAUGGAGGGCAGUUACGCUCCCUUUCUGGCAAAAGUUCUGCCUUUGGAGGUGCAGGGGGUAAAUCCCAUGACAGAUCUGUUGUCGGGAGAAAUUCAGGUCAAGGUUCAUUGGAUUAUGGUCAGAUGUCAGAUCUUUAUGGUGGACCUCCUUCAAUAAACCAGAGAAAAGAGGAACCUGACCUUGAUAUUAAAGCAAAUGAUUUCUUGAAGAAUACGGAAAGUACGGAAAAAAGAAAAUACUAUAUCCUGGGUGAUUUGAAAGCACCACCCUGUCGUAUCAACAAACGUUUACUUGAUAUCACGGUCCUGAAAGGGGAACCAGCUGAGUUGUCUUUCACUGUCAGCAGACAUGAUGUGACUGGAACCUGGUUUAAAGAUGGACUAAAGUUAACAAACAUGGAUGGAAUCUCUUUGGAAAAGGAAGGUCUAGUCCACAAACUAAUUAUUAACAAAGUGGAAGAUAUUCAUGCUGGGAAGUACAGGUUUGAAGGUGGAGAAAUAAAAACUGAAGCUUCAAUUUUUGUUGAAGAUCCUCCACAGGUUGACAGAGUUCUCAUCAAAAACUUAACAAGUGUUCCUACUGUGGCCAAGGCAGGGGAGAAAGUAAAGAUUAAGAUCCCUUUUGAGGGCCGGCUGCCAGUCAGAGCCAUGUGGCUAAAGGACAAAAUGGAGCUAGCAGAUGACACAAGGAUUCGUGUUGAUAAAACAGACAUCUUUACCAUGCUGUCCAUCUCCAGCUGUGAGAGAAAAGACUGUGGAGAUUACAAAGUCAGGCUGAAGAAUGACAGUGGGGUCCUGGAGAUCAACUUAAAGCUUCUGGUAAUAGACAAGCCACAGCCACCUGCAGGACCCAUCAAAAUUGUAGAAAGCACCGCAAAUGACAUCACCAUUCAGUGGAAGCCUCCAAAGGAUGAUGGGGGCAAACCAGUGCAAAGAUACAUUGUCGAGAGUCAGCAGGUAGGCAAGAACGACUGGGUGACUUUGGGAGAAACCCCCAAGAGCUGUACUACCUUCACUACUAACAAAGUAGAACAAGACAUGAGCUACUACUUCAGGGUGAGAGCUGUGAGCGCCGAGGGAACCAGUGAGCCACUGGAAUCGGAGGAAGUGAAGGCUGUCAGUAAAGCUUCACCUGGUGCCCCAGAUCCCCCUGAGAUUGUCAGUGCCAGCAGAGACACCAUCACAAUAUCCUGGAAAGCACCUAGUAAAACUGGCAGUUCCCGGAUUGUGGGGUACAUCAUUCAAAAGCGCAAGAAGGGUACCACGACCUGGCUGCCAGUCAACAGUGUGCCCAUAGCAGACAAGAAGCUGAAAGUGACUAGUCUCAAGAAAGGUCUGCAGUACGAAUUUCGUGUGGCAGCUGUCAAUGCUGCUGGCGUAGGAGAUGCCAGUGAACCAUCGCAGCCUGUCUUUGCACGCGAUACCACGAAAUCUCCAGGUAAAGUGCAGGACCUUAAAGUGAGCAGCAGUGACAGCACUAGUGUCACCUUGACAUGGAAGAGACCUGAAGCAAAGGAUGGGAGUGAUGUGACAGGCUAUGAGGUGGAGAUUCGGUCUUCUAGCAACCUCAGCUGGACCAAAUGCAAUGCUCUUCCCAUAGAGGUGACCACUUACACAGUUAAAGGCCUCCAAGCCAAGGAGAUGUACUUCCUACGUGUGAGAGCCAUCAAUAGCUGUGGCCCAGGAGAAGCCACAGAGCUUGAAGCUUCCAUUGAAGAUGGUCCCCCUGUAGUUUCUCCCAGGUUACUAAUAGAUGACACAGUGAAAAACUUCCUGGUUGUAAAAGCAGGAAAUACCAUCCGAGUGAAUAUUCCCUUUGAAGCAUCGCCAGAUCCAGUGGUGACCUGGUUAAAGGAUGGGCUUCCUCUUACAAACCGGGCUACAAUAAACACCGAAGAUGGUACCACCCAGCUGCUGAUUGGAGCAGCUGAGUUCACUGACAGUGGCACCUACACCAUUGAGCUCCAGAAUGCGUUAGGGAAAAGAGAAACAUUCACCUUCCAAGUUCAGGUUACAGAUAUCCCGCAAUCACCUGGACCUAUUCAAUUGCAAGAGAAUGUGCCCAACACAGUGACAGUAACCUGGGAGCCAUCAGCAUCUGAGAAAUGGGAAAAUGAUCUCUACUACACUGUCCUGAAACGUGAAUCAGAGAAGGGCUUGUGGCAAGUGGUGGGUGACCUGAUCUACAACAACAAGUUCACAUUCACCAAAGUGAUCCCAGGCCGGGACUACUACUUUAGGGUUGUGGCAAAAAAUAACUUGGGAGCUAGUGGUCCAUCUGAUACUGCAAAGCCUUGGACAGUUCGAAAACCAAAGGCUCAAUUUCAAGUCAGACCACAGAAAUACCGGGGAGUUAAUCAAAACCUGCCCCCAAGAUUCCUUGUCCCAUUGAAGCCUCAUGUGGUGACUACUGGGAGUGAGUGCCAUAUGAGCUGUGCGGUUGCAGGCUACCCACUUCCAAAGAUCACAUGGUACAAGGACAAUAGAGACCUCUCCAAUGAUCCUACCUAUUUUUGCACAAACGACUUUGGUGUUUGCUCCCUCGUCGUCCUGGGCGUCACAAAACAUGAUGAAGGAGAAUAUAUGGUAGAAGCCACCAAUGAACUGGGCCGUGCAUUCACCAAAGCCUUCCUCACUAUUAAAGGUAACAAUCUCUAG